UUUACGGGGAGAGAGAGAGAUUUGCUUAUUUUUGUAACGGCGUCGUCUUUCUCUGUCUACACAGUGACAACUGUUUUUGUACUUCUUAGAGAGAGAGAGGGAGAAAAGCAGGAGCAGCAAAGGUGCUUUUAGCCAGGACUAACUGGGGAAGGCGGGCUUUUGUGAGGGUUACGGAGGAGGAAGUGGAUCGGCGUCGGUUUUUUUGGUUUGUCUUUACGCUUACGGUUUCGCGGAUCUGUCGCAGGGAAAUAAGGGCGUGAGUUCGAGGGAAUCGUGAAGGGUUCUCAGAGGAAGGGCGGCUUUGAUUUCUGUUGCUGUUGACUUGGUGUAAAGUUUGUCUGUUCAAAUGAUGGCGAAUCAGGGCGGGUCUUUUUCACAGUCAACGGAAGGUGGUGGAAGGGACGAUCUGUACACGGAGCUAUGGAAAGCUUGUGCGGGCCCGCUUGUGGAUGUACCUCAGGUAGGAGAGAGAGUUUUCUACUUUCCCCAAGGGCACAUGGAGCAAUUAGAGGCGUCAAGGACUGAUGACCUGAAUCAGAGGCUUCCGCUGUUUAAUCUUGCCUCGAAGAUUCUUUGUCGCGUUAUAAAUGUGCAUCUGCUGGCUGAACAAGAAACAGAUGAGGUUUAUGCACAGAUUACUUUACUGCCAGAAGCUAAUCAAGGUGAACCUACAAGUCUUGAUUCAAUCGAAUCUGAACCUCCAAGACCAACAGUUCAUUCAUUCUGCAAGGUGUUAACUGCAUCUGAUACCAGUACCCAUGGUGGAUUUUCGGUUCUCCGUAAACAUGCCACUGAAUGUCUUCCUCCUCUUGACAUGACCCAGACAACUCCAACCCAGGAGUUAGUUGCCAAGGACCUUCAUGGUUAUGAAUGGCGAUUUAAGCAUAUUUUUAGAGGUCAACCUCGGAGGCACUUGCUUACGACAGGAUGGAGCACCUUUGUUACUUCAAAAAGAUUAGUUGCUGGAGAUUCUUUUGUAUUCCUCAGGGGGGACAAUGGGGAGUUGCGUGUUGGAGUGAGGCGUCUUGCUCGUCAGCAGAGCAGCAUGCCAUCGUAUGUGAUUUCCAGUCAGAGCAUGCACGUGGGUGUGCUUGCAACAGCAUCUCAUGCUGUUCAGACUCGAACCCUCUUCGUUGUUUACUAUAAACCAAGGACGAGUCAGUUCAUCAUUAGCGUCAACAAAUAUUUGGAAGCUAUUAACAAUAAGUUUGGAGUUGGCAUGAGAUUCAAGAUGAGGUUUGAGGGAGAGGAUUCUCCUGAGAGAAGGUUUUCAGGAACUAUUAUAGGGGUUGAAGAUAUUUCUUCUCAAUGGAUGGAGUCGAAAUGGCGAUCAUUGAAAGUACAAUGGGAUGAGCCUGCUUCUAUUCCAAGGCCUGACAGGGUUUCGUCAUGGGAUAUAGAACCCUUCGUGGCUUCAGUACCAGCAAAUGUCGCUCAACCCGUUGCAGCAAAGAACAAAAGAUCGCGCCCAUCUAUUGAAAUUCCAGCUCUUGAUCUCUCAUCAACUGUGUUGGCUCCUUGGAAGUCUGGAAUGACUCAGUCCCAAGAUUUAACGCAGUUGAGUGUUACUGCUGAAGGCAAAAGAAAUGAGAAUCAUGUGGUGUGGCAUCAUAAGCAGACAGAUAUUAACCAUAGCAAUUCUAUGUCAAUGACUCAUACUGAUGGAGGCUGGCUAUUGUCACCUCAUGUGAGUGCUUCUCAGCAUCAAUUUCAGGAUGUGGAGGAUAGCAAGAGUGUCUCUGGUUGGCCUCUUCCCUCGGGCUAUUCAACUCCCCAUUCAUCAAGGCUGAACAAUGAUACCACAGUUGGCACAACUGAGGUAGAAAGGAAAUCUGAGAUUGCUACUAGUUAUCGUUUGUUUGGUUUUGAUCUUGUAAAUCAUUCUACAAGCUCAGCACAUGUAGAGAAGGUACCACCUGCUCAACCAGUUAGCAUAUCUAGUGCCUCAACUGAAGGGCAUGGUGUUAGUUCUCUAUCGGCUUUCGACUCAGAUGAGAAAUCUGACAUUUCAAAGGUUUCUAAAGAGAAGAACCUAGAACAGUUACAUGUUUCACCCAAAGAGAGCCAGAACAGGCAAACUUCUACUUCUACCUGUACCAGAAGUCGAACCAAGGUUCAAAUGCAGGGGGUAGCUGUUGGCCGAGCUGUGGACUUAACCAUGUUAAAAGGGUAUAAACAGCUUAUUGAUGAAUUGGAGGAGAUGUUUGACAUGAAAGGACAGCUUCAACCCCGCGAUAAGUGGGAAAUUGUCUAUACUGAUGACGAGGGGGAUAUGAUGCUUGUUGGAGAUGACCCUUGGCCUGAAUUUUGUAACAUGGUGAGAAGAAUCCUUAUAUGCUCAAGUCAAGAUGUGAAGAAGAUGAGGACAGGGAGCAAACUUCCCAUAUGUUCCCUCGAAGUUGAGGGGACAGUAUUAGACUCAGAUAUAGCUGAAAACUCUAAUUAAAUUGGAACUUUUUUUUUCUCCUCCUUGUCUUAUGGUGGUGGUUCCUUUUGUUUGAUUAUUUGUGGUAGUAUGCUUUGCUUUAUUUAUGUAGUGUGGAGGAUGUUUUGAGGGUGGGAAGGCAUUGCAGCGAUCUGGCUAAUCGAUAGCUUGUUUUUUAGAGCUAACUACCAAAGUGGAUCGAUCGUAAAAGUUGACUGGGUUUAAAUGGCCCUAGCUAUAACUUCAUUAUGCGAUGGUGUGAGUUAAAUGAAACUUUAGGUCUAGAAUCUGUGUAUACAUUACUUGUGUUGUUUGUUGGUAGGAGUUGAGGGUGCGAUGAAGUCUUCUCUCCCUCGUGUUCUGUAAAUAUUGGUGUUAAUGGAUUGACAGUAAUGCAUAUUUGUCGUAUUAGCAACAAUGAUUCUAUUUAGAUGGUUGA